AUGUCGCGCGCUGCGCGCCGCGCGGAGAGCCUCCUCCGCUCCGUGCGUGCUCUCGAGCACAUCAUCGAGCGCAAACGCGGCCUCGAGGAUGCCCUCCCGAGGGCGAGCGCCGGGCUCGAGGCGCGGGCCGGCGGCGUCAUCCACGACACCGUCGCGGGCACGCUGAGGCACCUGCACCAGUACGAGCGUCGACUGGACGCGGCGGCUGCUGCGGCUGCAGGCGACCGCGCCUGGAGGGCGGUCGAGGACAUGCCUCUGCGCCUGCUCAUGGCCUCUGCGCUCUUCCAGUGCGAGCACACUCCGGCCUCGGCAGAGCACGUCGUCCGCAGCGCCACGGAGGGCUGCGCACAGCUCGGGCGCGCGUGGGCCCGCCCGGCCAUGCAAUCCGCCGCCGGACCGCCCGGCGGGUCCAACCCGAAGCGGGCGACCGGCCGUUCGCACCGCUCGGCCGGCGGGGCGAGCCCCGCGGCCCUCGAUCGCUCGCCCCGGGUCGUGGCCCGACCGGCCCACGCGCACGUCCUGGCCUCUACCGCCGCUUUCGGCGGCGCAAUUUGCGCCUUCAUCGCUCUAUGGAUCCUCCUGGCACCCAUCGGACUCUUCCCGACGGUCGGCGGCGCCCACUCCGUGCACUUUGAGUCAGACUCGCUCUUCGGCAGGCACGCUCUUCGGCAAAAAGCCAGGCUGCAGCGGGGCACUACCAUCGUGCUACGCUGUUGCAGCCUGACCUUUCCCACUGCUCUCGCGCUGGCACACUUCGGCCUUCCGCUGCUCGCGUUCGGCGAGCUCUUCUCCGCACUCCUGCCACGGCAGUUUGCCGGCACAGUCGAGCUGGAGUAUCCGCUUCUUGAUGCUUCUGCGGUCAAGCUCGACCUUAUGCCACCCCAAGCACUCCCUAAGCCUUACGUGGAAUAA